AUGUUCAGAGCAGCCCUCUCACGAGUAUCUGCCCUUCCGCUCCGCCGAGCAGCUGUGUCGCCUCUUCCGUUGCUCCGGUACUCCUCUUCCGCCACCACAAGCAUCACAGCCCAAAUCCUCCCUCUAGAAAAAACCACUGUCUCCGAAUCAGACAUUGACGAAUGGUUGGCUGCCGUCAAUGCCUUGAAGAAAGGUGACCACAGACCUGAGACCGAGCAAGAAAUUUAUCUUGCCCAGUUGGCCAACCCAGAGCCAUUUUUGAGAGAGAAAUUUGUUCCCACAGAAGAACAGUUGCAAGAAGUACAAAGGUAUGCCAACAUGAAAGUUCCUAUCCGUGACGAUCCCGUCAUCAACUACUUCAUCAAUUUGAUCAUGAGACAUGGUCAAAAGUCCAAGGCACGUAACAUUGUCAACCGUGCGUUUUACAUUGUCUACUUGAGAACCAGACAAGAUCCAGUCAAGGUGUUUUACGAGGUGUUGGAGAGAAUGAGUCCUAUUUUUGCUGUGAAGACGUUGAAAACUGGUUUCGCCAAGAACGUCGUCAUUCCCGUGCCUUUGACCAAGAGACAGAGAGACAGACAGACCAUCCUAUGGCUUUUGGAUGGUGCCGACAAAAAGAUGUCCAAUGAUCUUUCGGUGCGUUUGGGUGAAGAAAUUAUUUCUGCAUGGGAGGGAAAGUCUUCAGGAUACGAGAAGCGGGCGCAAAUUCACAAAAACGCCAUUGCACAGAGAGCUUAUAUCCGUCUCUAG